AAAACAUAUCACCAUUAAGAUUUGACUAGUUAAAACUUUCAUCUAUAAAAGGCCCAUCUAUAAUCUUAACUUUCUCUCCCGCACUGACCUGGAUGAAAAUGAAGAAGCUAAAUCAAUUCUCUUCAUUGUUGCUCUUUCUGAUAUCCAAUCUUCUAUUUCCUGGCCAUGCGGAAGGAAACGCAGUCGCCUUCCAUGUGCGCAACAAAUGUCCUUUCCCUUUAUGGCCAGCAACUGCCUCAAAUGCAGGGCAUCCAGCAAUAGCUGAUGGUGGUUUCUUUCUUCCCUCAGGCCAGACAAAACACAUCCAAGCUCCCCCUACAUGGAAUGGUCGGAUAUGGGCAAGAACUGGGUGUGACUUCACUUCUACCUCCAACACAAAACCUUGUUGUGAAACUGGUGACUGUGGAGGAAAAAUUGCUUGUAGUGGGAACAUAGGGCUCCCCCCUGCUACCCUUGUGCAGGUUUCACUACAACCAGAUACGAGCAAACCAAGUUUCUAUGAUGUAAGUUUGGUUGACGGGUACAACGUCCCAAUCUCUGUCUCUGCGAAAUCAAAGGCUUCCAACUGUUACAUUGGAGGAUGCGUGAAAGACCUCAACAAAAUUUGCCCACAAGAGCUUCAAGUGUUGAAUGGUGAUGGACAGGUGGUAGCUUGCAAAAGUGCAUGUUUGGCGUUCAAUCACGACAUGUUCUGUUGCAGGAAUGCUUAUGGAAACCCUGACAAAUGCAAACCAAAUAUGUAUUCCAACAUGUUCAAAGAAGUUUGCCCAUCUUACUACAGUUAUGCUUUCAACUCGCCUCCACCAUUGGUAAGCUGUACUGCUGAUGCGUUUAUCAUAACUUUCUGCCCUAACAAAUGGGGUUCUGAACACAUUUCAGUUUAGAUAUUGAAGGAUUGGGUUUCAUGCCUGACCUGCAUUGAGCUUCAAGCGAUUUAUUCAAAUUGGGUUCUAGUAUAACUCUCAUGUGUUAUAUUUUAUGCUUUCGUAAUACUACUAUCAUUCAGUGCAACUUAUAUGCUGCACCAGUUGUUUCAUUUUAUGCAAUGCUUAUGUAUAUAUAGAGGUCGUAUUUCCUGUGCUAUUUGGCAAUCAAACUUACUAGACAACUGCUUGAUGUGGCAUGUAUUAUAGUUGGA